GUUCCCAGCAGCAGUCUGAGUCAGCUCCACGAUGUCGAGUCACCUCAGAGAGAGCGGCUGUGAUUGUUCUCAGCGUUCUCCUGGCAGCUUCUCUCGUCACUCUCGGAGUAACCUCUCAUCAAAACAUCCAAACCACAGAACGUCCCCAAAAGAUGACCAGAGAUGAGUGUGACGCUGAGAUACAAAACCUCACAGAGAGAUUCUCUGCAGUGAAACCGGAGCCAACGAGGCCUGAAGUAAACAGGGGCUCAUGUCAAAGAUGCCCAGACGGCUGGGAGCGUCAUGGAGGGAAAUGCUAUUAUUUCUCCAUCAUUAAAGCAACCUGGACACGGAGCAGAGCUGAAUGCAGACGUACAGGAGGAGAUCUGGUUAAGAUCGAGAGCAGAGAGGAGCAGACAUUCCUGGAUCAGAGAGUGAGAGUUCAAAUGACUGGAGAUGAGGACAAGUUCUGGAUCGGACUGACGGACUCAGAGAGAGAGGGAGCAUGGCUGUGGACAGACGGUUCAGCACUGGACGAUCAAACCCCACUGGACAGCGGAUUGACUUUUUGGUCCGAAGGAGAGCCAGACAACUAUAAAGGGAUCGAUACUAUGGGAGAGGAUUGUGCGAGGAUGGGGGAGAGAGGUGGAGCAAAAGAGCUGACGUGUUGGUUUGAUGCAUCCUGUGAAGACCCUCACAAAAGUAUCUGUGAGAAACCAGAAGACCCUAACUCACUGAGAACCUGAAAGCAGCUCAGCUGAGUCUCAGCCUGUUUCUAUAUCUCAGUACAGGAUGCAGAACGUGGAGCAGGGUGCUUUUUAAUAAAGCUCUGAUAUAAAUACAAAUAAUAUAUACAGCCAUGCAAACAUUAAAAUGCAGCUUGUUGAAUGUGUUGAAUGAUUAAGAACAGAAGUUCUAUUUUAAACUAUAAUGGCACUGGAUCUGCACAAAAUAAGUGACAUUUUGGGCUCUGAGUAAUAGUGACAGCAUUUCUCCAUAUUAUCACCAUUUACAAAUCAAACAAUCAUUCAAAUAAUGGUGAAAUGGUUUCUUCAGAUGAAUCCAUAAUGAUAAUAUC